ACGUCUGUAGAAGGCCCUCACGGUGUUCCAUCCUCCAAGACUAUUUCGGGAACAAGAAUGAUCCUGGAGGCUUUAAAAGAAUUCAACGUGAAAUAGAAGCUGCACAUCGAGAUUAUUACGUGAGUAAGGUAAAUGUGAAAGCCUUGGUGACUCUUCUCAUCGCGCAUUUCAACUCAAAAAUGAGAUCUAUUUAUGACAUGCCAACAGUUCAACAGUUUUGCUAUCAAUUUCCUGCUGCCUUAGAAGAAACUCUCAAAAGAAUCAGUUAUUGUGGCUUCACCUGUUUUACCUCGCGAUACUCGUAUUAUGACGAUCCCGAUGGGAUGUUUGUCUUUAAAGUGAUUCACAAGGUUCCCAGCCCUGUAGAACAAAGAAGAUGUUGA